AGCGGGCCAUGGGAAUACCCAGGAUUUACUUAUUUGUUUUCUUUGGAGGGGGCAGCCAAAGUUGUUGCACUGUUUUUUAAGGAAAUCAAGUUGUUGAGAGUUUCUUGGGAAAUCACGGGGGGAAAUACCCUGUAAAUAGAAGAUCGCAGGUAGAGUGAGGAGAAACCUUGACAGAAGUAAGCACAGCAAUGAAGUCCAUGGAGCUUAGUGCCAGGAAACAAAGGAAAAUUGUAAUGAUGUUGAGCCUAAUAGUUAACUACGAUGCAACUGCAGUAUGCAUAGCUGCCCCCGGAUUCCUUUGCCUUGAACGGCUGCCUGCAGGCAUCAAUUCAACAGCAUCACCGAGGCGUUGCUGCGAGAAGAAAGCUGCACCUGUUGAACAUGUGCGGGGGGGGGGGAGGAGGAGGAGAGGGAGGACCGGCAACCCAGAUAGUACCGUGGCUUUAGAGCGGGAGUGGGGGGCGCGGAUGAAGGAGAACCUCCUUGCACCGGAAAUUAGAGCCGUUACCCUUUUAAGACUCCCUGGGCGGGGAGGAGGCGCGGCCUAAGCUCGGGGCCACGCCCACUCUUAUAAAAUGAGGCUGCGUCUCGCGGCCGCCUUCAUUAAGCCUGGAAGUCGCGGUCGGGAGAGGUGCCGGGAGAUGGCAGCAGCGGCGCGUGCGCAGUAACGACGCCGCUGGGACACGGGACAUGUCGAGCCCCGGCGCUGCCCUACGGGCUGCUGAAGUAGCUGGCUACCUGGCAAGGACAGUGGACUUCUGAAAGCGCAGACGUCAGCCAAGCAGCAUGUCCACGGCCGGCAUUGCAGCUCCGGAGAUGAGAGUCCCCUUGAAGAGCAGCUUCCUUCACAAGGGGCAAGGCAUUGGGAGCCUGAAGCCCUGUUGGGGAGGUCAUUUUGAAAACCCUUUCUUUGACAUGGAGCCCGUAGCAAUGGCCUACAAUCUGAACUCGUCCGCACAGCAUCACUUAACGUCCAUCGGCCACAUUUCAGACCCUGAUCCAGCACAGAACGGCGGCAGCGACAAGCCCAGCCCCAACGGCGAGAGGCCAGAGGAUCGCAGCCUGGUCCCCGCCUUCGGCAGACUCUCCCUCGCUGGGUCCGACGAGGCAGCUCCCCCCACCCCCAUUAAGGGCGGGCCGUCGUUCUCCUUUCCCCCAGCGCCUCCGGGUGCCGAGCGAAGCACCCGCCCACUGCCCCCGCUGCCCAUCCCGGAGGAUUUCGUGCAUGACGACGUGGACCGGGAGGUGGAGUUCCUCACCAGCUCCGACACGGACCUUUUGCUGGAGGAGUGCAGUGGCCCUGCCUUCAAGCCCGCCGCGUACGGCAGGCGGAGCUUCCGGGGCUGCGGGCAAAUAAACUACGCUUACUUUGACGCCCCGGCAGGAUCUAAGGCAGAAGAGCCUCCCUCCGCUAAGCAGAGCUGCGGUGCUGUUGCUGUUCCUCCUCCUCCUCCUCCUCCGGCUCCCGCGGCACAUCAGCUCCACCGCCGGUUGCGCCGCUCACAUUCCGGGCCGGCCGGGUCCUUCCACAAACCGGUGGUGAGGGUCUCCAGCCACUUCCGCCGGGCGUCUCCCAGCUCGGACGACGACAAGCCCGAGGUCCCUCCCAGAGUGCCCAUCCCACCCCGGGUGUUGAAGCCCGACUACCGGAGGUGGUCUGCUGAAGUGGCUUCGAGUGCCUACAGCGACGAGGACAAACCGCCCAAGGUCCCCCCGAGGGAGCCUCUGUCCUGCAGCAACUCCCGCACGCCCAGCCCGAAGAGUCUGCCCUCAUACCUCAACGGCAUCAUGCCACCCACCCAGAGCUUUGCCCCGGACCCCAAGUACGUCAGCAGCAAAGCUCUGCAGCGGCAGCACAGCGAGGGCAGCCGGGUGCCCUGCAUCCUGCCCAUCAUCGAGAACGGCAAGAAGGUCAGCUCCACCCACUACUACCUGCUGCCCGAAAGGCCCCCCUACCUGGACAGGUACGAGAAGUUCUUCCGGGAAGCGGAAGAGGGCAGCAGCCUGAGCGCGGAAGGGCAGCUGCCGCCGUCCCUGUGGCACGAGGCUCCGGAAGGGGAGGCAGCAGCCAGCCUGGCCGGGAUGCUCAACGUUCCGGUCAAGCGCAAGCAUUUGCCCUGCAUGGUGUCUCCGUAGGGAAGAGGGAGCCUCGCAAGGAAGGAGGCGCCGGGGAGCUGGCCACAGGCCUUUCGAGGAUGAAGAGGAGGGGCAGAAGCCCGGCCGCCCAGCCCCCUCUGGCUUCCGGAGAGGAGCAGGGGGGAGGCCCCUCUGUCUGGUGCUGCAGCCACUGCCUGUGUUGGGCUCGGCUGCCUGGCCCUGGCGGUUCUGGCCCGGGAGAGGACUUGGAGGAGGACUUGAGCGUACAUAGCCAGCAUUGGCCAGUUGGCAUUCAAUAUUCUUAGUGCAAACUUGUAUAAGUAGGGAGAGAAUUGCACUCUUGCUAACAGGACAGGCUGCUUCGGCUGGAAGCAGAAGAGAAAAGAAGCCCCGUUCAGUAUUCCUUUUUUCUGCACAGUGGUGGCCACAGUGUGUUUCCGCCCCGCCCCCCUUAAAAAAAAUCCCCUUUCUGCCAAUAUUUGCUCUUCUCCCACUGGUGGGGAAUCCCAGCAGGAAUUGUCCUUGUGGUGGGAAGAGAUUUGGGGGUGGGGGGAAGAGGGUGGCAGGGAAGUGCACCACCCAUUUCUGAGCUUUUUUUGAGCUCACCUUAGUUUGGAUGGCCUGUUCCACAUGUUUUAGACUUUUGGUCUGGGGUGUGAGGGGGGUGGGGGAAAUCUUGCCCCCAGUUCAUAACCUCCACCCACCCACGCCCGGCCGCUCAGAUGCUUGCCACAAUUCAACUGGUUCUCCCGUACCCACAGCAGUUGGCUUUGAUGUAACCCAGGGAAGGACUUUUGUGUGCUAGGUUAUGUGGGUUCCACGCGGCUGUGUGUGUCCUUGCAGUUGGGUAGCGGGAACUCAGGCUGAGCAGCACCCUGGGGGAAGCAGCAACACGCCCCCUUCCCCCCCCCCCACCCCGAUACUUUAAAAAAUGGGACCAACUUCUGUUCUCCAGGUGGCGUUGGGAGUGUGUGUUUAUGCAUAGCAGUGAGGGCACAAGCUGGUCUUGAGCCUGUCUUGUCCAGUGUUCUGCAGGAUGGUGGAAGAGACUGGGCUCGCGUUGCCGAGUCUUCUUCUUUGAAGGCAGCCCAGUCAGGGUUGGUGAAAAGUGUUGCCAUCUCUCUCCCCCCCCCCCCCGCACACUCGCACGCACACCCACACACUUUCACUUCUUCCCGCAGGCCCCAGGGGGACGGUGCUUUCCAGUCAGGGUCCGGCGUGGCCUUAGCUUUUCCCGAUGGACACAACUGCGGUUUACAGUGUGAAAUGAAGCUCGCUUGGGAGUUGUUGCCCACUGACCCCCACCCCACCCCACCCCUCUGAAACCGCCUGGGAAGCUGACUUGGUUCUAGUACAAACUCUAAAUGAAGGCAAUGUUCACAUUCUGGAAAUAAUAUUGAUGCACUGAGAGAGGUUUUGCGUCAGGUGUACAGUAUUGAGGAAGAAUGACGUCGUUCACUUUGUAUUUUCGAAUAUUUCCGUGUCUUGGAUUUUAAUAAAGUUAUAAUGUGCUUAUUUAUGAUAACACCACCUCGGCUGCGUCGUCUUGUGGGGGGGGGGCCCUCUGCUUUCCCUUUCGCAAAAGUAGCAGAGCAGCGAGCUCUCGCUGCAUGUAGCCGCCUCCGUCUCCACCUCCUCCCUCCUGGUGCAUUUUAGGGGUGCGUCUCCUCGUCUCCCCACGUUGGCCAAUGAGAAGCUCCCUGGAAUCAUGCUAUGCUGCUUAUCAAGAUUGGGCAGCUUGCCACCGGUGCUUGGUUUCCAGAGCCGCCCAGCACGUGGGCAGGCAGGAUGUGCAACUCCCAGGGUGUUUCUGUCCCCGGUGAGCACUUCUUGACCUGUCCUGCGUUAUAAUUGUGGUUUCUGGGCUGGUGGCAGGGGUUGACACUUCCAGCAGGGGGAUUGGUUGGCCAAGCCCUGAAGUCUGCUCCCCACCCUCCCACCCCACAAAGCCUCUCCCUAGCUGGGCUUGCGUUGCAAGAGCUGUAGGACAGGUAGAAAGCCCCUGGGAGAUGGAUGGAGAGAAGGGGGCAGCAGAGGACUCAAGCGGAAGGAGGAGGAAAAGCCUGUAUCAAGGUGGAUUGGGAGGAGG